AUGAAUGAAAAAAUUGUUAUCCAAGCACCCCUCUUUGUUGUGCCCAACGAAAACAAAAGUAAUGUAUUAAAAUAUGAAAAAGAUAACAACUUUAAUAAUAACCGAAAUGAUGCGGCAAAUUUAGUUAAUCAUAUAUACACAAGUUUACCCUAUAAAGCAAAUGAGAGAAAUAAUGAUAAUAUCAAUGAAGAAAUACCAUUAAAUUUAAAUGAAAAAGAAAACAUGAAUUGUUUUCUUAAUAAAAAAAGCGUUAAUUUUGCACUAAAAAAUAAUGAAAAAAAUCUGAUUCAAUCUUAUAGAAAAGGAGAAAUAAACAAAAGUUAUAAUAUUAUGGAAAAUAUGUAUGAUCUUCAUUAUACAAAUAAAGGAAACACAAAUUUAAAUAAUUAUCUUAAGCAUGUUAAUAUUAAUAACACAGCACCAUGUAUAGGAGAAUUUAGAACAUGUAUGAAUUGUUUUUUAAACAUUUCUACAUUAUUUUGUAAAACUUGUAAUAAUUUUUUAUGUGCUAUUUGUAACAUUAAGUUACACAAAAAUAGUCCAAAUCAUGUUGUUAAUGUAUGUAGCAGUGGCUUAUAUGAAAAUAAUUAUAAAUAUAAUGAUAUCAUAUUAAAAGAAAAAGACAAAUGGCUAGUUGAACUCGAAAAUAGCACACCGAUCAAAAUUAGGGAAAAAUGUAAAAUACAUGUAACUGAAUAUAUAAAAUAUGCAUGUAAAACAUGUCAAUAUACACUUUUAUGCACGGAUUGUUUGUUAAGCGACCCUAUACAUGCAAACAUAAGAUCAGAUGGCAAUGAAUUAGAAGAAUCAUUGGAAUCUCUGAAAAGUUUAGAUCAAAAUAUGAACAAAAAUGAUAAUAAUAGUAUAGAAGACAAAAGAAAAAAGAUUCUUAAAAUUGAAAAUAAUUUAAUUCAUGAAAUAAAUGAUAACUAUAUUGAUCAAUUUAAUUCAAACGAUUCUAAAUCUAUUGCCAAUUUUUCCAAUAUACAAACUAGUCAAAAUGUAAUGAGUUGCAAAUCAAAUAAUAAUAAUGAAACAUACAAAGAGAAGGGUAUUGUUCGAAUAAACAAAUUUGAAGAUGAAAAAGAUGAAAAAAAUACCGAAUUUGAAAAUAACAAUAAAAAUGAAAUAGAAAGAUUAAAACCUGGGUAUAAAUUAAUUAGAGAAAAUCAUGAAAUAUAUACAUUAAUUGAUGCAAAAAAUGAAAUAAAAGAAGAAUUAAAUAACAAAUUAGAAAUAUUAUCAAAAAAAUCAUUAGUAUUAAAAAAUACUAUACCUUCAUUAAAAAAUAUUUAUAAAUAUGGUAAAAUAACUUGUAAAAAUAAUAAAAGGUCUAUAAGAGCUGGUUUUACUAUUACAAAUAAUUGUCUUGAAAAAAAAAAAAAAACUUUUCAUGAGCAUUUAAAAAUAUUACAAGAUAAAAGUACAAAUUUUUUAAAAAAAUUAGAUGAAGAAAGAAAGAAAUAUCAAAAUUAUUUAGAAAAAAAAAAUAAUGAAAUACAACAUAUGGUUAAGUUAAGUAAUAGAAAUCCAGGAUUAUCCUUAGAUUAUUAUGUUGAUAAAUUAGAUUCAUUUAAAUGUUUGUUUUUUACAAAAAAUAAUUUAAUAGAUAUUGAAAAACAAUUAGAAAUUCCUCAUUCACAACUCAAAUCAGAAAAUAUAUUUUCAUUAAUUGAAAAAAAUAAAUUAGAAAUAUUAAACUCCAAAAAUCGGAUAAAUGGAAUUUCACAAAAAAUAAAAACAGAGUUUCAACGUUUAUUUAAUUUAAAUACUGAAAUUCCAGUAUAUCCAGCUCAAUAUAAAAAUUUUUUACAAAAAAGAAUGUAUAAUAAGCAAAAAAUAGAACCAUCAAAUAAUGAAUCAGAAGAUGAUUUGCCUAUUUCGACACCAACUCGAAAACAAAAAUAUUUCAAAAUAAUUCCUUUUACUUAUUUAUAUAUGAAUAUGGAUAUAACAUAUCAAACAAAUUUUAUGAGAAAAGAUACUUUACAUCAAAAAUGGGAAUUAAGAAAUGUUUCAAUUCGAUCAAUAUAUUUAUGUAUUCAUACAUAUGCAAAUAAUAUACAGAAUUUCCAAACUAAUGAUGAUAGACAUCUUAAAGACAAACCGAAAUUGGAAAAUCAUAUUGAUUCUAAUACUGAGAAAGAAAAUAUGAAUGGAAAUGCUAUACAUUCAAAUUUGUAUGAUAGUGAUAAUGAUAAUGAUAAGAAGAAGAAGAAGAAUACGAACAAGACAAUAAAUGACAUGGCUAAUGAUAUUGAAUCAAUUAUAUGCCUUAGCAAUGUAAGUGUAAAAAAUUUUACAGAUCCGGAUAUAACCAACAUAACCGUUUUAGAAAAAAGAAAUCAUCAUCAUGGUAUAGAAUUAACUGAAUAUAAUAACAAAAAUAAUUUAGUUGGAUAUUGGUUAUUAACAAAUGAAAAUGAAUCCGAAAUAAAAAAAUUAUUAGACAUAAUAAUUGAUAUUAAAAAUAAGAAUAAAGAUAGUACACCUAUCCCAUCUUUUCAUCCUAAAAUAAAUAUGAGUAAUGGUUUUUUUAAUUAUAAUGAAAAUAAUAUUAACACUAUUUAUAAACAUUUUUCUGCAAAUAUUGAUGAGCACUCUUAUUUGCACUUUUUAAAAAAUUCAAUAGAUUUAAAAUCUUAUGAAAAUUAUAAUUAUAAAAAAGAAAAUGAUAUUGAUCCUAUAGAGGAAAGUGAUAAUGAAAAUAUUGAAAAAGAGGAUUAUAUAAAUAAACCCAAUUUAGAAUUUUUACAAACAACAGCUAAUAAUUUCAAAAAUGUUGAUUUAUAUAGUCAACAUACAGAAGAGGAAAAUAAAUUAAAUGAAUCUGGUACACGAUUAAAGAUAAAAAAAGAUGUAAAAGAUUUGUCAAAGUUUGAAAAGAUAAAUGAAUACGAAAUAAAUAAUAUAUUUUCAAAUGAAGAAUGUCAAAAUUAUGAAAAUUCAAAUGGAAUGGUUGGUGAAGAAAAUAGAGAUGUAGAUUCUAAACUUAAAAAUAUAUAUGCACAAAUAUUAGAAAAUAAAGAAAAUAAAGAAACUAUUUUAAAAAAUAUACCUGAUAAUUUAGAUGUUUGGGGAAAAAGAAGUCCUGAUACUAGUAUAAACGUUAUAAAGAAAAAUAUAAUAAAUGAAGAAAAACAUUAUCUUCCUUUAAAUAUAGAAUCAAAUCUUUUAAAUAAUUAUUUAGAAACAAAUUCUUGUAGUAAUAGUACUAUGAAUAGUUUAUCAAUUAAUUCACUAUUAUGUGAUAAUAUAAUUGGAAAAAAAAAUAUAAAAAUAAAUUCUAAAAAUUGUAAUAUUAGAGAAAAUGUAAAUAAACAACAUAUCAUUGAACCACCUCAUGAAACAAUCAAUUAUUAUGACAUAAAAAGUAUUAACCAAAUUAAAAAUAAUUUCCUAGAAAAAUCAAACUCUAAUAAUAUGUUAACUAAUUUUGAUCAGAAAAAUAAUUAUACCAUUCAAAAUGAAGAACAUGUAAAUAAAUUUUUACAACAAAUAAAUAACACAAAAAAUGAUACUUUAAAAGAGAAAAUCGAUUAUAUUGAUAAAAAAAAUGAUGAUUCAAAUGGGAUAAAUGUAAAUAACGAUAAUUCAAAUGAGAUAAAUAAAAAAGACAAUACACUAAAUGACAGUAUUGAUACUAAAAACAAAAAUCAGAGCAUCAAUUGUAAUCAUAUCGACAUAAAUGAAAAUGAACCUUUUAGUAAAAUUCCUAAAUUAUUUAAGGUUGGUAAUUCUAAAAAUAAUAAACAAACUAAUAUACAAAUAAAUGAAAUAGACAAAUAUUGUAAUAAUAAAAGUGCUGAUAUUAUACAGUCAAAUAAAUUACAAAAUGUAAAUUGCGACGAAAAGAAUGAAGACACUAAGGAGAUUCUACUUCAUGAAGCCAUUUCAAACACCCGAGCUAGUAGUGCCAAUAGUGGAAGCAAUGAAAAUAGUGGAAGCAAUGACAAGACAAAGAGAGUAACAGAUGCAGUAAGAACCGGUUCUAACCAUAAUCAAGGUGAAGAAUCAAAAAGUGAAAAAAAAUAUUAUUUGCAUGAACAAGAUAAAAAGAGUAUUAACAAGCCUAACAACAAAAGUGUUCAUAUCGAUAAAAAAAUAUAUGAAGAGAAUUUGAAUUUUGUUGAAAAUGUCAAAGGAGAGGAUGAUAAAAUAAAAGGGCUUGCAUCAAACAAUGAAAAUAUAAAUAAAUUACAAAAUAAUACAAAAAUUAAAGAUAAACCAAUAUUACCAUCAUGUAUUAAAACUAAUCUAAAUGUUGUCAAAAAUAUAAAAAAUGAAGAAAAAAAAAGAGAAAAUUUAUCUAAAAAAUUUAUAUCUUCAUUUGAUAAAAUUCAUAAAAUUCCUCCUCUCGUGAAAAAAAAAAAUAAUACAAUUUCUGAUAAUUCUAAUAUAUUCUAUAAUAAUUUUAAACAAGUAAAUAAUAGAAUAAUAAAAGAAGAACCAAACGAUAAAGUUACAGAAACUUUUAUUAAUCGGGUUCUAAGUCAAAUAGGAAAUAAAAAAGUUGGAGCUUAA